AUGGUGGAGAAGUGGGGAGCCCUGAUAAGAUCAGGUAGGAGGAAAUGCCCCUUCCCAGGUCCCCCACCCUCAUGCCCAAGACUGGGGCUAGUGUGGCUGGGAGCUAGGAGCCUGCUGAUGUCUCCGUUUUCUUUGCAGGGAGGGAGCCUUUCCCCAACAUAUACUGUGUUCUGGUCAAAUCCCUGGAGAGAUGUGACGACCCUCAGGUACUGGGGCAGAGGGAACAAAGGGGUCCUUCCAUAGUUUUUGGCCCAUCAGAGGCCCAUUCGCAUAUGAUGUCCUUCUUCGUCUACAGGGCCACACCUCCAGGGAUGAGGCUGCAGCGCCUGCUCCCGGGAUGAAGAACGAGAGACCAUCUUGGCGGUUCCCAGCCCCUGACCCUCGCCUGCCUCCCCCUCCGUCCGUUCUCCUUGCCUGCAUGGCUCCUUCCCGUCUCUACUUGGCGCAGAAGCAGCAGCCAAGGUUUCCACCCAUCAAAAGCACCUCCAGAGUUAUUCCGGAGCUGGAGGAGACUUUGGCUGCUGCCUCUGUGCCAGGCCGGUCGGGACGGAGCCCAGACGCCCGUACGGAGGAGUUUUUUGGGGGCAGCUGAUAAGAUCAGGUAGGAGGAAAUGCCCCCUUCCCAGGUCCCCCCCUCCUGCCCCAGACUGGGGCUAGCGUGGCUGGGAGCCAGGCGCCUGCUGAUGUCUCCAUUUGUUUUGCAGCGAGGAGAAGGUCCCGGGAGGGACUGGAGCCCAGACAAAGGCCUCUCACCCCAGAGGUACUGGGACAGGGGGAAGAACAAAGACCCCCGUAGGGAGGCAAAGUGUGGAAAGGCUCAGAGUUCAGGUAGGGGGAAAUGCCAAUUGAGUGCUGGAGUGGGGGGGGGGAGCAGGCCUGUCUCGCCCCAGCCCCUUGCCCUCUCCUUCCAAGCCAGGGGUUGGGCCAUUAUGUGCCCAGGCAGGAGCAACGAAGGUUGGCAGCCAGUGGUGACGUGGGCAUGGGCAGCAUGGCAGGGGAACUUGUUCUGUCCCCCUCCAUCCCUGGAUCAGCUGGCCAGACACCCUCACCAGCGAUCAGGCUGUCCCUACAGACGUUUGGGGGCUGCUCCCCCCGGGGGCACUAUGUCUCCACCGCAGGAGGGCCCUGCCCCACUGGCUUGCCUGCCCAUGGGCUGCUGCCCAUCUGCUCUGUGCCAAACAGGAGAAGGAGGGAUGUGGAAGAGGGAGGGAGGGAGGGAGCUGGGAAGGCAGACUGGCGGGGGAGAAAAUAUUGAGGGCGAUGUGCCCCUGAAGGAAAUCAUUGGGGAUGGCCCACGGGACCCCUGUCCCCUAGACAGUACAAUGUCCUUGUUCCUUUGCAGGGCCGUGGUUUGGGGAAACCGCAACCAGCCCAGCAGCAGCCAAACGGUGCCGGGAAACCCAGCAAAAUCUGGAGGUAUGUUGUGACCUUGUGUGGCAGGGGAAGUGUUUCCCUGUUAUCUUACCAACUGCAGGUAAAAAAAAGUGCCUGCCCCGAGAGGCUUACAAUCUUUAAUAUGACACAGGGAGGGAACAGAGAAAGGUUGAGGUCCUGGCUGGAUCCUGAGUCCUCCUGCGAGACAUAAGCCAGGGUUUCUGAGUUUAGACUUUGGGAUUCCCAGACAUUUCCCACCUGUAACCUCUUCCUCUGUUUUUAUUUUCCUUUCCUAGGUCCUAAGACUCUGCUAUGGUGCCGGGGCAAGAAGGAGGCUGCUGUGGCACAAAGAAUGGCCCAAUCUUUGGAAAUUGUGGUAUGUUAAUUCCAUGGGGAAUCCAUUCCCCACAGGUGCAGGAAAGUUGUGGCCCCGACCUGCGUGAAACGGGGCUGGGUUGGGGUGUUGCAGGCCGGUCUUGCACCACCCCCUCGCCCCCCUCCUUCCAAGCCAGGGGUCAGGUGCCCAGGCAGGAGCAGCGAUCAUUGGCAGCCAGUGGUGACGUGUAUCUUCCUUUCUGUCUCCCAGGUCCUAAGAGGCUACUGUACCGCAGGGCCCAAAUGGACAAAGGGGUGACGGCCAUGGAAGAUGUGGUAUGUUGAUUCCAUGGGGAAGCCAUUCCCCACAUGUGCCAGAUACGGCUGGGGUGGGUGAAAGUGCGUCUGAGUUGACGUUCUGUCAGUAGUUUUUGGCCCCUCACAGCCCAUUCUCAUAGGAUGUCCCUCUUCCUCCACAAGGCCAUGCCUCCAUGGAUGAGGCUCCAGCUCCGGCUCCCGGGAUGAAGAACCGGACAACAUCCCGGCGGUUCCCGGCUGACGUCCCUCGCGGCGCAUCCCCACUGCCCCUUCUCCGUAUGGGCAUGGCUCCUUCCCGGCCCGGUUUGGCUCGCUGGCUUGCUUUGUCCACAGAUGUUGAUAGCUUGGCAGGUCCUCAGCUGUGGUCCCCAGAUGAUAUUUUCUGUUGUGAAUUACUGGUUGGUAACUUCCUCUGUUUUUAUUUUGCUUUCUGUCUCACAGCUUCUCAAAAAGGAAGGCUGCAGCAGAAAGAAAUAUCACUGGAAAUUGUGGUAAGUUAAUUCCAUGGGGAAUCCAUUUCCCACAUAUUCCCCACCACCAUAGGCUGGUGCCUGCUCUGUCCAUUGAAUAAUCUGGCUCUGGUGGGGAAUGGUUCUGUGGAAAUCAAUCCCAGAAUCACCCCCCCCCCCCCCGAUCAUUCCCUGCUUCAGACAAAAGACUUUCUCUUGCCUUCUUAGCCCAUCUUAUUCUCUAAUUUCUGCAUCCCAUGCAAAUGUCCUUCUUGAGAUUCUAGCCAACCUCAACGGUUGGUCUCAGUUACCAUAAAAAAACUUAAAAUAAAAGAGAUACCUGUUAUUACCUAUAUAUUUAUCUGGAACGCCUCUAACUAAUCAUACUAACUGAGCUUGUUUCUUCCUUAGGCGAGAGCGGCCAGAACAAAGGGGGAAAGGCCCCCAGCUCAGGUAAGUGGAAAUGCCAAUUGAGUGCCCCAUAUUUUAGGGAUGCUUCCUUCCCUUGUCCCCCACCCUCAUGGCCCAGACUGGGGCUAGCAUGGCAGGGAGCCAGGCGCCUGCUCCUGUUUCUUUUUUCUUUGCAGUGUGGGAGCCUUUCCCCAACACGUAUUUUGUUCUGGCCAAAUCCCUGGAGAGACGUGGCGAACAUCAGGUACGAGGGCAGAGGGAAUGAAGGGAUCCUUGUGAAACAUGUUUUGGGAGUCCUAGAAACACUCUCCCCACCUGUGGCUUCCAUUCUCAUGUGAUGUCCUUCUUCCUCCACAGGGCCACGCCUCCAGGGAUGAGGCUCCAGCACCGGCUCCUGGAAUGAAGAACCGAACAACAUCCCGGCGGUUCCCGGCUGUCGUCCCUUGCGGUGUGUCCCCACUGCCCCUUCUCUGUACGGGCAUGGCUCCAUCCCGGCCCGGUUUGGCACAGAAGCAUCAGCCAAAGCUUCCUCCCAUUAAGACAGCUUCUCGGGUGAUUUCUGAGAGGGAGGAGACUUUGGCUAUUGCUUCUGUGCUAGGCCGGUCGGACGCCUGUACGGUGGAGAAGUGGGGAGCCCUGAUAAGAUCAGGUAGGAGGAAAUACCCCUUCCCAGGUCCCCCACCCUCCUGCCCCAGACUGGGGCUAGCGUGGCUGGGAGAUAGGCACCUUUUGAUGUCUCUGUUUUGCAGCGAGGGAGAAGUUCAGCCGUGGAACCGCCGCAUUCCUCCAGGAGGGACUGGAGCCCAGACAACAGCCUCUCGCCCCUGAGGUAAUGGGACAGGGGGGAGGACGGGGGCCUUAG